ACGUGUGGUUCACUUUCAAAGUCAGGAAGUGAGCUUCAAACUGUCCAGGCUCCGAAGAUCUUGCUUUCUGCUCACACGCAGCUUACUGGGACUGGUGGCCGGAGCCGGGAAGAUGGACACCACCGGUUGCGUCUCGAAGUGCCAUCAGCUGUGACCCAAGUUCCUGAUCCAAAGAGCACAGCCCGACGUUCCCAGUCCCCAGAACCAAAGACCAUGGAGCUCUCGGACAGCGACAGACCUGUGAGCUUCGGCUCCACCUCCUCCUCGGCCUCUUCCCGGGACAGCCAUGGCUCCUUCGGCAGCAGAACGACCUUGGUUUCAAAUAGCCACCUGGGCUUGUUUCACCAGGGGAAAGAAGCAGGGGCCAUCAAACUGGAGCUGAUUCCUGCCCAGCCAUUUUGUAGCAGUGAGCUACAGAGGGACAACCCCACCGGCCUCCAGAACAUGGACGGGGACAGUGAGAGGCAGCCCAGAGGGCCAUGGAGAAUGGAUACGAAUGGGGCACCCCAAACAACUGCAGACUCAUCCACCAGCCCCAAGCUCCUCUAUGUGGAUAGAGUCGUACAGGAAAUCUUGGAGACAGAAAGGACUUACGUACAGGAUUUAAAAAGCAUCGUGGAGGACUACCUGGACUGUAUCCGGGACCAGAGCAAGCUUCCCCUGGGGACUGAAGAUAGAUCCGCCCUAUUUGGAAAUAUAGAGGAUAUUUACCACUUCAAUAGUGAACUUCUUCAAGAUCUAGAGAACUGUGACAAUGACCCAGUGGCCAUCGCAGAGUGCUUUGUGUCCAAGAGUGAAGAAUUCCAUAUUUAUACCCAGUAUUGCACGAACUACCCAAGGUCAGUGGCUGUGCUAACGGAGUGCAUGAGGAAUAAGAUGCUGGCCAAAUUCUUCAGGGAAUGCCAGGAAACUCUGAAGCACUCGCUGCCCCUGGGGUCCUAUCUCCUGAAACCAGUUCAGCGGAUUCUCAAGUAUCAUCUCCUUCUGCACGAAAUAGAAAAUCACUUGGACAAGGACACAGAAGGCUACGACGUCGUGCUCGAUGCCAUAGACACGAUGCAGCGAGUGGCCUGGCACAUCAACGACAUGAAACGGAAACACGAGCAUGCUGUCCGGUUACAGGAGAUUCAGAGUUUGCUCACGAACUGGAAGGGGCCAGAUCUGACCAGCUACGGGGAGCUGGUGCUGGAGGGGACCUUCCGCAUCCAGCGGGCCAAGAACGAGCGGACGCUCUUCCUCCUGGACAAGCUGCUGCUCAUCACGAAGAAGAGAGACGACACGUUUACAUACAAGGCCCACAUCCUGUGCGGCAACCUCAUGCUGGUGGAGGUGAUCCCCAAGGAGCCUCUCAGCUUCAGUGUCUUCCACUACAAGAACCCCAAGCUGCAGCACACAGUUCAGGCCAAGUCCCAGCAAGACAAGCGCCUGUGGGUUCUGCACCUAAAAAGGCUGAUUCUGGAAAACCACGUGGCAAAGAUUCCAGCUAAGGCCAAGCAAGCCAUACUUGAAAUGGAUACCAUUCACCAUCCAGGCUUCUGUUACAGUCCUGAGGGCGAGGCAAAAACACCAUGCGGGGGAGCCAAGGAAGGCCCAGCCCCUUAUCGGCUGAGAAGGAAGUCUGAGCCUUCCUCAAGAUCACACAAAGUAUUGAAGACCAGUGAAAGAGCACAAGACAUCCGGAAGGUUUCUCGAGGGGACGGCUCUCCCCAGCUGCCGUCCGCUGCGCCUGCCCCUGCCCAGAGGAGCAGCCAGCCCAGCAGCGCCGCCAUCAUCAGCGUGCUCCGCGGCGGGGGCGCCAUCGGAAACAUCUGGACCGAUCACCAGAUUCGUCAGGCCUUGUUUCCCAGCCGCAGGUCCCCGCAGGAGAAUGAGGAUGACGAAGAUGACUACCAGAUGUUCGUCCCGUCCUUUUCCUCCUCCGACCUGGAUUCCUCCAGGCUGUGUGAGGAGAGCACUUCGAGUCGCCCCUGCAGCUGGCACCUGGGACAAAUCGAGCCCACCGAGACCUGCAGCUCUGGCCACAGGAUUGUCCGCCGGGCCAGCAGUGCUGGGGAGAGCAACGCAUGCCCUCCCGAAGUAAGGAUCAGGGACAGCGAUGGCUCUCAGUACAGCCCCGGCAGGGAACUGCAGAAUGGCCCUCCCACGGGAGGCCAGGGAGGGGUGACUCCCUUUGGGUCCUCUGUGGAACUGACGAUCGACGGUAUCGACCACAUCUAUGACAAUGUAAGCUGUGAGGACUUAAAGCUCAUGGUUGCAAAGCGGGAAGAAACCGAGUCCAGCCCCCCCAAAUCAGCCAGAGACUCUGCACGCCCCAAGAGCACGCCGGAGUUAGCCUUCUCAAAGAGGCAAACGGGCCCAAGUUCAAGUCCUCUGUACCCCAAGAGAGAUGCAGCGGCCAGCAGUCGGGGAGCAUCGAACCCAAGUAUAGGAGAGCUGCAGGCGGUGGAGGAGAACAUCUACGACACCAUAGGGCUCCCCGAGCCGCCGCCACUGGACUUCAAAUGCAGCAGCCUCAAACGGCCCAAGAGGAGCACCUUUCUGGGGCUAGAAGCUGACUUCGCAUGCUGUGACAGCCUGAGGCCGUUUGUCUCGCAGGACAGCCUCCAGUUCAGCGAGGACGACACCCUGUGCCAUCACGGCGGUCCCUCGGACCGCGAGUACUUGAGCCUGUUGUAUGACUCGCCCCGCCGCAGCAGCCCGCCCGUGGCGGAAAAGGCUCUGUCCGACAAACUGUCCGAGGAAGUGGACGAGAUCUGGAACGACCUGGAAAAUUACAUCAAGAAAAACGAAGACAAGGCGAGAGAUCGUCUCCUCGCCGCCUUCCCGGUGUGCAAAGAGGACGUGCAAGAGCGGCUGCAGGCGGCCAAGAGCGCCCCCGAGCUGAGCCGGGAUGCCAGGCUCUCCCUGCCCGAAGAGAGUCAGGCCUUCCUCCCACCGCCCGGGGGGAGCAGAGUCGCCGCCGCCGCCGCCGGGACGAGCCGGGCCAACCGCUCCCUGGACGAGGACCUGAUUUCUCCCGAAGGCUCCUUCGUGAGCCUUCACCGCCUCUCUCUGGCCGGGGAAACGGCCCGUGGAGACAGUCCCUACGACCUGGCCAACAGCAGCCUGCCUCCGAUGGACCCUGAAACCCUUGAGCCCGGCGCGGACACCCCGGAUAAGACCAAGAGCAGGGUCUUUAUGAUGGCGAGGCAGUACAGUCAGAAGAUCAAAAAGGCAAAUCAGCUUUUGAAGGUGAGAAGCCCUGAGUCGGAGCAGCCGCUGGCCAGUCAGCAUCAGAAGCCCGUGCACAAAGACCUCGCAGCCAUCCUGGAAGAGAAGAGGCAAGGCGGGCCUGCCAUUGGUGCCAGAAUUGCUGAAUAUUCCCAGCUGUAUGACCAGAUUGUGUUCAGGGAGACACCCCUUAAAAUUCAGAAGGAUGGCUGGGCCACCACACAAGAACCCUCUGUCCCUAGGGCCACAUCUCCCUCCCCGGCCCAGCGUGGUGGCGAAGACGGGCUUUGGAAUUCAACUUACAGUAAUGGAGAGUUGGCCGAUUUCUGUGGCCGGCCCGAGCAAGACUUGAGAUCGAGAUACCCCACCGUGGAGUUCCAGGCCCCGCGCGUCCCCAGGCAGCUGUCGGCAGCGUGCUCGGUGCCGUCUCUGCAGGUCUCCGAGAGCAGCGUGGUGGUCAGUCAACCGCACAAAGAGAACUCCGGCCAACUGUACAGCUCGCUCGGCCGCAAAGCUGUCAGCACCAAGCCCCAGCCUUACAGCAGGUCCCACUCGUCCUCCUCCGUCUGGGUGAACAGAUCACUGGACUCCAUCCACUACCCCAGCGACACAGGAAAGCAGCACCCGCUGUCAUUGCAUCAGAACUCCAGAGAGGAGGGCUGGCAGGAGCCCCCGCCGGGUCGGCAGGACGCAGAACAGCGCUCUGAUCUCACUCUCCAAGACUCGCAGAAAGUUCUACUCAUCAACCGAAAUCUGCCCUUAAAUGCCCAAAUCGCGGCCCAGAACUACCUUUCUAACUUCAAAGAGACUGAAGGCGAGGAGGACGACUACGUGGAAAUCAAGUCAGAGGAAGACGAGGCGGAGAUGGAGCUGUCUCACAGUAGGAGGAAGAGGUCUGACCCAAAGAUCACAGAUGCCCACACCGCCUCCUGUUCUCUAAGUACUCCUAAAGACUCAGGGAACAGCAAACUCGGCCUUUCUCCCUAUCUGACGGCCUACGAUGAUGCUGCCAAACUGAACGAUUAUCUCUGGAGGGGGCCGUCGCCCAACCAACAAAAUCUCGUCCAGUCUCUGAGAGAGAAAUUUCAGUGUCUCAGUUCAAGCAGUUUUGCCUAAGGUCCUUUCCCGAAAGUUACCAAUACUGGUGAGGUGUUUUUAUCUGUGUACCAAAUUAAAACUGUUUUGUAACAACCAGAGGUGUGUAAAACACGCUUUCUUUUACAGCACAACUUUUUGAACCGGUUGUCCGCACAGCCGGCAUUGCACCUGAGCAAAAGUCAGCGUCGGACAUUGCCUUUUCUGAUGCUAGCUGCCAUUAUGUUUCGUGUCACUCGACUUUGCUUGAAAAAUUCUCAGCCACUUUAUUAUUUUUUUUUUCUCUUAUGGUUUUUCAAAGUAGGGCCUCGCUCUAGCCCAAGAUGGCCUGGCAUUGGCUACGUAGUCUCAGGCUGGCAUCAAACACAGCAAUUCUCCUGUCUCUGCCUCCCAAGUGCUGGGAUUAAAGGCCACUAUUUUUUUUUUUAAUAUGAUAGCUGUGAUAGUUUGUUCCAUAUCCUGACAAUAAUACCUGUGCAUUAAUACUUGCAAUCCUCUCGUUAUCCAGCAACCCCAAAUAGUGUUAUCUUGUAACUUGUAUAUAACAAGGAGACCCUUAGGUAUGUUUUAAAUGGAACCAAGAGCUAUUUAAAGAAUUCUGCUUAGAGCCGGGUAUGGUGAUGCAUGCCUUUAAUCCCAGCAAUCAGGAGGUGGAGGUAGGAAGAUCACCCUGAGUUUGAGGCCACCUUGAGACUGCAUAGUGAAUUCCAGGUCAGCCUGGGCUACCGUGAGACCCUACCUCGAAAAACAAAAUAAAACAACAAAAAAAAAAAGAAUUAUGCUUAAUUUUGAAACUUUUGUUAGAUUUGUGGCAAGACCCAAAGAUAACAAGCCAGAGACCUCUGAUUGGAAUGUAGCCUGUUUUAAGGUUCCUGUGUUGGUAUCUAUAGCAUUUCUUCAACAUGCAAAAUUUAUAUGACUAUCAAAAAGAUUAAAAUGUAGCACUAGAGCCAAUGUGCUAUGAGGAAAAUAAAAAGAACAACAACAACAAAAAAAAAACUUUCGUUACCUGUCUUCCUGGACACGGCCUAUAGACUGCCACUCAUUGGGUUGAUUCUGUGAUUUCUGGGGUGAAAUGGACAAUUUCUUUCAUGGGUUAUUGAAAUCCACAUUCAAGCUAGGUAUGAUGGUAUAUAUCUUUAAUUCCAGCACUCAGGAGGCAGAGAUAGGAGGAUCUCUAUGAGUUCAAGAUCAUCCUAAGAUUCAUUAGUGAACUCUACGUCAGCCUGGGUUAGAGCAAGACCCUACCUCAAAAACCAAAAGGAGAAAACAAGAAAA